AUGCCCGUCUCCUCCAUCGCCAUGUCGACAGCUCUCAUCACCACGCGACAUCGUCCCAGCAACCACCUCGUGUCGCCGCGGCUGCCACUCCUACCCCGCGGCCCACCGGGCGGCCUCGGGACGCCGACGAGGAGGAUCAUGCCCGUCUGUCCCCGGCACGGGUCCGGCGGAUCGGACGACCUCGCACCCACGCCCAAGUCGGACCGCACCAUGACGGCCUUCGACCUGGCCAGCCUCUGGGUGGGCCUCGUCGUCGGCGUGCCGGCGUACUACCUCGCGGGCAGCCUCGUGGACCUCGGCAUGUCGGCGGCCCAGGGCGUCGCCACCGUCGCGCUCGCCAACCUCGUCGUGCUCGCCACGCUCGUGCUCACGGCCGCGCCCGCCGCCACGCACGGCCUGCCGUUCCCGGUGCUCGCGCGGGCCGCCUUCGGGGUCCGCGGCGCGCACGUCCCGGCCGUCGCCCGCGCGCUCAUCGGCUGCGGCUGGUUCGGGAUCGAGUCCUGGAUCGGCGGCCGCGCCAUCUUCCUCCUCCUCCCCGCGCGGCUCAAGGCGUGCGCGCCGCUGCUGGCGCCCGUGCCCGGGCUCGGCGGCGCCUCGGCGCUCGAGAUCGCCUGCCUCCUCGCCUUCACGGCGGCGCAGCUGGCCGUCAUCAUGCGCGGCAUGGACGCCAUCCGCGACCUCGAGAAGUACGCCGCGCCGGUGCUCGUCGCGCUCACCUCCCUGCUGCUCUCCUGGGCCUACGUCUCCGCCGGCGGCUUCGGGACCGUCCUCUCGCUGCCGCCGCGGCUGGCCGGCCACGAGUUCUGGAAGAUCUUCUUCCCGGCGCUCACCGCCAACAUCAGCUUCUGGUCCACGGUGGCCAUCAGCAUCCCGGACUUCGCGCGCUACGCGCGGAGCCAGGCGGACCAGGUGCUCGGCCAGGUCGGGCUGCCCCUCUUCAUGGGCCUCUUCACCUUCGCCGGCCUCGCCAUCACCUCGUCCACCGAGGCCAUCUUCGGCCGCGUCGUCUCUGACCCCAUCGAGCUCCUCGGCCUGAUCGGCGGGCCGGCCACCAAGAUCCUCGCCAUCUUCGGCAUCAGCCUCGCCAUCAUCACCACCAACAUCGCCGCCAACGUCGUCGCGCCCGCCAACACGCUCGUCGCGCUCGCCCCGCGGACCUUCACGUUUUCCACGGGCGCGCUCGUCACGGCCAUGCUCGGCAUCGCCUUCCAGCCGUGGCGGAUGCUCAGCUCCAGCGAGAGCUUCGUCUUCACGUGGCUGCUCGGCAACGCGGCGCUCAUGGGGCCCAUCGGAGGCGUCCUCCUCGCCGACCACUACGUCGUGAGGCGCACCGCGCUGGACGUCGACGCGCUCUACUCCGAGGAAGCAGGCAGCCCCUACUACUUCCAGGGCGGAUUCAAUGCCGCAGCGAUGGUGGCCAUGGCGGCCGGAUUCGCUGCCGUCGUGCCAGGGUUCCUGCACAAGGUAGGGCUGCUGCCGAGCGUGUCCAAGGCGCUCGUCGUGGCCUAUGACAAUGCCUGGUUCGCCAGUUUCUUCGUCGCCGGCGCCGUGUACUGCUUGCUCUGCCGCCGGAGAGAGGCUGCUCCUAUUUGAUGCUAGGGUCGGUUUCAGAAUGACACUACGUACGAACAGCAAUAUUUACUGACAAAAUGAUAAAAUAGA